GAGCAGUCAUUGCAACGCGUAGACAGCGCUAGCAUCGAUACUCGUCCAGCUAGCAUCGAUACUCGUCCAGCUAGCAUCGAUACUCGUCCAGCUAGCAUCGAUACUCGUCCAGCUCCAACGGCAGGCACACGCCUUCCUACACCAAAACCCCUCAUCUCGCAGCUAUACCCCUCCGUCUAGAACGCAGUCGUGCACGAGACGUACCAUAUAUGAUCCAUCUCACCACCUUGACCGGUGCUCCAGCAGACCUACCAUCCCCACCCACACUCUCCCUCGCACCACACCAACCAAGCAACCCACACCAACUCGCACAAUGCACAACAUCCUCGCCCUCACGCUUGCAGCAGCGGCAACACUGACUUUCACCGCUGCCCUCCCCACGGUAGCCCUCACCUCAUCCACCUCUUCUACUCUCACCUCUUCCAGUCUCACCUCUUCACUCUCACCUCUUCACUCUCACCUCUUCACUCUCACCUCUUCACUCUCACCUCCUCUACCCUCAUCACGAAACGGGAUAAGAACUGACAAGGCCCAGCCACAGCUCAGCGACACCACGCCCGGCUCGACUAUCGAGCUGGGCGAGCCCUCAUCCGAGACAACAUGGGGCAAGCGGGAUCUGAUCAUCACCACGCCCGGCUCGACUAUCGAGCUGGGCAAGCCCUCAUCCGAGACAACAUGGGGCAAGCGGGAUCUGAUCAUCACCACGCCCGGCUCGACGAUUGAGCUGGGCAAGCCGUCGACCGAAGUAACCUGGGGCAAGCAGUAGACUGGACGAGUACGGGCGUCGAGUCAGGGCGUGCGGAUAGUAUAGCA